AUGGUUCAGUCAUACACCAUUGCCGGCCGCCAGAUCGGCUCCCACUACCUGGCUAUUGCCACCCUGUCCACCCUGUUCGGCGGCAUCUAUGCUGCCACCCGCGGCAGUGGCCAGAAGACCACGGCGACACCCCCCAUCAAUGCCUCCUCGUCGGAUGAGGCGGACUUUAUCAAGAAGUUCCUCGAGUCUGCCGACGCGGACGAGAAGAAGAACCAGGCGGCGCACUAA